AGAUUCUUCUUCCUUUGUUUCUAUGCCAGGAUUUAUCUUUGCUCAGCUUCUCAAUUUUGAGAGGAGCUGCCAGGAAAUCCAACUAAACGAUCCUGGGGCGACGAGUGGUGUGUACGAAAUCUAUCCUGUGCCGAACGCUGAUCCUAUUGAGGUUUACUGUGAAAUAAACAUUGCUGGUGGUCGCUUCAGUUUCCUUCCGCAAAGCAUAACUUUGAGAUCAGAUGCACAACAGAUUGUCAAAUCCCUCUUCAAAGACAAAAGAAAUGUUCUGCUAAAGUUGAAGAACAGAGUAAAUGACAGUGAGUCGUACACUUGGAUUCAGCCCCAUCCAAAUUACACCAACAUUGAUUUCGGGCUUUUGGUCAACAACUACUCUGGUUACACUCAACCAUUGAACGACUUCAUGAUGGAAUACAUCUUCCUUGGUAUUCUACCUAAAUCAGUUGCGAAUGAACAAACAUAUCAGGGUUUCAAGUCUAAUGGCGACGUAAUCCAGUUUAGAAACUGCGACGAAAAUCCCAACAGCUUGUUUGCGUUUCUGCCAAACCGAAAUCGUGAGAACUCCAGUAAUUAUUUUCUGGGUAACGGAUGUGAAGAUACCGGUAUAGCCGUUGACUGGCGUUCUACAGCAACACCAAUCACAAUUCCACCGCACAAAAUGCCAAGAACGUUCUUCUUCUUAACAGAAGUUCAUUUUGGAGGUUGUGGCUGUUACACCUCUAGCGACCGCUGGAGUAAAUAUGGCUUUAACGCUACAGCCAUUGGAAUUCGUUGA